AUGAUCGCACCUACAAUUUUCUUAAUUUUAUUUAAAAUUAUGGUUAAAAGUAUGAACUGGACGGAAAAUAAGUUUGAGAAGCGCCGUGCUGAGGUGGUGAAGAUCAAACGCAAAUAUCCUGAUCGGAUUCCUGUUAUUGUUGAGAAGGCGCCGAAGUCUCGCUUACGUGAUUUGGAUAAGAAAAAGUACUUGGUUCCUUCAGAGCUUACAAUUGGACAAUUUUACUUCUUAAUCCAUAAAAGGAUUCAUCUUCGUCCUGAACAAAUGUUAUUCUUCUUUGUUAACUCUCUUAUACCGCAGACUAUGACUACAAUGGGGCAACUGUAUCAGGAUCAUCACGAAGAGGAUUUCAUCCUCUACCUGACAUACAGUGAUGAGAACUUUUUUGGAGAGGAUGAAGAACUGGAAGUGGAUUCAACAGACGGAGAAAGUUUGUUUUUUUUAGUUUUUAUUUUUAUGAAUUGUAAUUUAAGUUGA